AUGGGGCUCCUCAUCUUCUUGGCUGCCUAUUUUGCUAAGAAAGAGCAUUCAGCAAAUUUGCAGAAAAAGAAAGAAACGGAGAGCCUUCAGCGGGCUAAGGAGAAGCACAGACAUAUAAAGGAGGCUGCACUGAAAGACAGAGAUGCACUACAGGCAGAGCUUGACCAGAGGAAGAAGAUUUACCAGGCUGGGCCCGUCACUCUGGAUCCAUCUUCUGCUCAUUCAAAUCUUGACCUCUCUCAGGAUAACAAGCGCUUGACAUGGAAGGACAUCUGUAAAAGCAUGAGUCUUGAGCAGUGUAGUGUGUUGGGCCUUGAGGGCAUCACAUCAGGGUUAUGGUACUGGGAGGUGGAAGUCAAGGAUGAACACAGAAGUGAAUGGACUGUGGGGGUCUGUAGGGAAAAUGUGGUUAGAAAAGGCUUUUACUGGGAGAGAUCAGAAAAGGGAUUCUGGGUUGUUGGACGCUUUCUAUAUUAUUUCUGUGUCUUUACCAGCUCUCUGACAGAGCUAACUCUUAGGCAGUUUCCUUCUCGGGUAGGGAUUUUUCUGGACUAUGAUGAAGGGGAUAUCUCUUUCUACAACAUGACUGAUGGGUCUCACAUUUUCUCCUUCUCUGAGGCUUCUUUCUCUGGGACCCUUUUACCAUAUUUUAUGUUCAUGUCAGGAGACAUAACUCUGGCCAUCUGUUCCACGGCAGAUGGAUCUGAAGGACUCACUGAGCCUAUCCACAAACCUUUGACUGAGCCUGUUUGGACAGACCCAGAAGUAUUGAAAAGGUCUGGCAAUUCCCUUAAUUUCUCUUACAUUACAACCACGAAAAACCCCCACGGAGCCCCGUCCUACUCUGCAAGAGAUGGUGUCUACAUGUUGGAAUUGACUCCAUGA